UGUUGCAUUUUUGACUGUGUGAAUUCAGUGACGAGGUCAACGACGAGUCUCAGCUUUAUCUGUUAUCACCACCCAACGUGAACGUCCGAGUACCCAUCGCUAUUUCCGAUUCCUCAAUCAUUUUCCGACGGACCAAUUUGAUUUUAGGGUUUCGAUCUGAGUCUGUUCUGGAGGCGAUUCGAUUAUGACCGUUUGAAAUGCAUGAGAAUAACGGAGCAGAGCAGCCUUUGGAAGGCCAUGGAGCUACCGGGCAAGGGACACACGGGAGCCUUUCGGAUUUUAGUGAAUCAACAGCAGCCAACUCAGUGGAACAAUCAAAUGGGGUUAGCGAACUACAAUUCGAUUCAUCCACUCACACUCGUCAAGACGACGUUACGGCGGGCACACUUCCCGAGAAUGCACUGGAAACAGUGAAUCAGGUAGACCUUGAUGAUGCUAAAUCUAGUGAGGAUACUGCGAGAGAUGAUAUGUUUGUUGAUUGCCCAGAUGAGUUAGGCACGUUUGAUGGUAGGCAAACUGAUACUAUUAAGGAAGAAACAGAUGCUGGAGAAAGUAGACAGAACUUGGAAGAAGAUCAACGGAAUCAUUUUGGUAAACUGGACGAUAGAGCAGAAGAUGAAUCAGUGGCGAAGACGGUUGCUGGAAAAGAAAGUAAUACACGGCAAUAUAAGGAAGAACGAGAAACUGUUGCCCGAGGAGUAUUUGAUAUUCAUUGUCAGCUAAAGGCUCUGUCCUGGCAACAGUCACUGCCAGAUGAAACUGAAGCUGGAGGUAGGGAUAAGGAGGCUCAACUGGCUGAGAUUCCAUUGAAGGAGAUGAUUAAAGAAUGUUUGGAGUUUGUAAAGUUAACCAUAGAGGAACGAUCCUCUGCUGAGGCAACUAUAAGAAAUCUUCAUGCUCUUCUUUCUGAUAAGGAUAAUCAGAUAGACAAUCUCAAUGCAAAGGUUACUGAGUUAUCAGUCUCCCAUGAUAACUCAUGUCAGAAGACUCCAGAAGUAUCGUCAGAGAUUGAUAUUGUAGUAGAUAGGAUGAUGUCCUCUCUUGCAACAGUUGUGAGUCAAGAGCAACUUUUAGAUAACUCUAUUGGUGGAAAAAUGGUUCAUAUUGCAGAAGGCACUGCACUAUUAACUGCAAAAUAUAAUAAUCUUCUUUCUGAAAUUUAUCAACUAGGGCAAUCUUUCUUUGAGGUUGGUUUGGAUGCUAGGGACGAGGAACAUUGGUACACACUUGCCGCUGCUCGUGGUGGAUUAUUGGAGCUCAAAAGAAAGGAAGCAGAACUAGUUGAAAGACUUGCUCUUGUAGAAGAUGAGAAUCGGAAACUAGUGGAUGAGCUUGACAAGGAAAGGGUGAUGAUAGGAACAUUGAAUGCAGAAAUUAGAAACGUGAAAGUAGAACUUGAGCAGGAAAAAGUUAAAUGUGCUAAUACCAAAGAAAAACUUAGUAUGGCUGUGACGAAAGGAAAGGCAUUGGUACAGCAGCGGGACUCAUUAAAGAAAUCUCUGGCUGAAAAAUCCAGUGACCAUGAGAAAUGCUUGAUUGAAUUGCAAGAGAAGUCUGCUGAGCUAGAGGCUGCUAGACUUACCAAUGAUGAGUUGGUUCAAAGUAGCAUGAUUAUUGAACAAGUUAAGAAGAUCUUGCAGAUGGAACCUGAUACUCCUAAUUUGAAUAUGUUGGAGAGGUUAAGUUGGAUUGUGGGUGACAGAGAUGUCCUCAAGGAUGCCUUCAUAGAGUUCUGCAAAUUGAAGGAUGCUUUAUCUCUAAUAAAUUUACCAGAAUCUGUCUCAUCGUCUGAUUUGGAAUAUAAGAUAAAUUGGCUGGGUAACUCUUAUUACAGGGCAAUGGAUGAUACAAAUAUUCUGCAGGAAGAAGUCUCUACCAUUAAAGAAGAAGCCCGCAACUGUAUUGAUUUCUUGAGCACAUCUUUGCUGUUGAAAUUACUGGAAAAAGAUUACCUUCAAUCAGAAGUAACUGAUUUGAGAUGUAAAUUUGAAGAGAUUAUUGAAAUGAAUCAUCAGGUUUUGAGGGAGAAGGAGCAGAUUAUGAAAAUGGUGGUUGAGCUUUCUGGCUAUGACAUGGAGGAUGGAGGAAUUGAUGGUUCUUCUCCUGACACAUUUAUGAUUAUUAACCAUUGCUUGCAAAUGAUAAAAGAACAGAGUGAUCAUUUCUCUAGGUCAUCUCAUAUUGAUACUGACUUAAUUGAAACAAUUAUUAGUCACUUAUAUGUUAGGGAUCAAAGAUUGAUGCUAUGUGAGGACAUGCUAGAAGAAGAGAUGGUGAUUAGAUCAGAUGUGAAUAAACUGUUAAAUGACUUGAAAGCAGCUUCUGAUGAAAUUUAUACGCUGAAAGAAGAAAAGAGUUCUCUACAGAAAGACCUUGACCGAUCAGAGGAGAAGUCUGCCGUUCUUAAGGAUAAGUUAUCCAUGGCAGUUAAGAAAGGGAAAGGAUUGGUUCAAGAUAGGGACAGUCUAAAAAGUCUUAUAAAUGAAAAGAACCGGGAGAUUGAGCAGCUAAAGCUUGAUUUGCAGAAGCAAGAAUCAAUAGUUUCUGAGUACAGUGACCAGAUUGAUAAAUUGUCUAGUGAUGUAGAAAGCAUCGGAAAAUUGGAGGCUGAGCUUCAAGCAGUAAAAGGUGAAAGGAAUCAGUUUGAGCAGCACUUGUUUCAGAGCAAUAACUUGUUACAGAGAGUGGUAGAGUCUAUUGAUCAUAUCCAUCUUCCCGUUGAUUCAGCUUUUGAAGAACCUUUUGAAAAGGUGAAGUGGCUUGCUGGAUUUGUCAGUGAAUGCCAAGAUGCUAAGCUACAUGCUGAGAAGGAGCUGCAGCUAGUAAAAGAGGGAGCCAAUGACCUUGUAAAUAAAGUAGCAGAAGCACAAGCAACUGUAGAAUCCCUUCAACAGGCAUUAUCUUCUGCUGAGAAUAAUAUGUCUCAAUCUGCUGAAGAAAAGAGGGAGUUAGAAAUUACAAUCGCAAAAGUUGAGGAGGAAUUACAUAAAGUGAAAGAAGAACAUGCUAUCCUUUCUGGUGAGAAAGAUCUGGCUCAAUCUCGUAGAGCUGCUGCAGAGACUGAGCUAGAGAGAGUUAAAGAAGAAGCUGCCCAGUUGACAAUCAAACUAGCAGAGGCCAGCACAACCAUAAAGGACUUGGAAGAGGUGGGGGAGUCUACUAUGUCACAGGCAGAAAAAGAUAUUGCUGUUCUUUCCAAUGAGAAGGACUUAGCUCUAACUGGCAAAGCUGCUGCAGAGACUGAGCUAGAGAGAGUUAAAGAAGAAGCUGCCAGGUUGACAAGCAAACUAGUGGAGGCCAGCACAACCAUUAAGGCCUUGGAAGAGGCUGGUGAGUCUACUAUGUCACUCGGAGCUGCAUUGUCUGAGGCAGAAAAAGAUCUUGCUGUUCUUUCCGACGCCAAAGAAUUGGCUCAAACAGCUAGAGCUGCUGCAGAGACUGAGCUAGAGAGAGUUAAAGAAGAAGCAUUCAGGUUGACAAGCAAACUAGCAGAGGCCAGCACAACCAUAAAGGACUUGCAAGAGGCUGUUGAAUCUACCAUGUCACUUAGAAAUGCAUUAUCUCAGGCAGAAAAAGAUAUUUCUGAUCUUUCCAAUGAGAAAGAGUUGGCUCAAACUGGUAGAGCUGCUGCAGAGACUGAGCUAGAGAGAGUUAAAGAAGAAGCUGCUCAGUUGACAAUCAAACUAGCGGAGGCCAGCACAAUCAUAAAGGACUUGGAAGAGGUUGGGGAGUCUACUGUGUCACUUAAAGCUGCAUUACAUCAAGCAGAAAAGGAUAUUGUUGUUCUGUCCAAUGAGAAAGAGCUGGCUCAAACUAGUAGUGCUGCUGCCGAGACUGAGCUAGAGAGAGUUAAAGAAGAAGCUACAAGGUUGGCUACCAAACUAGCUGAGGCCAAUGCAACCAUAAAUAAUUUGGAAGAGGUUGGUGAGUCUACUAUGUCACUCAGAGCUGCAUUAUCAAAGGCCGAAGAAGAUAUUGCUAUUCUUUUUAAUGAGAAAGAGCUGGCUCAAACUGUUAGAGCUGCUGUAGAGACUGAGCUAGAAAGAGUUAAAGAAGAAGCUGCCAGGUUGACAAGCAAACUAGCAGAGGCAAGCACAACCAUAAAGGACUUAGAAGAGACACUAUCUCAGGCUGAGAGUAAUGCCAAUAUAUUGAAAGACAAAUAUGAUGCUGAUCAAGAUGCUAGAACCAAAAUGGAGAGUGAAUUGAAGAAGUUGCAAUCUGAAGCUGAGAAUCAGACUAGCAAAUUGAUUGAUGCCUCUGCAGCUAUGAAAACACUGGAAGAUACAUUAUUUAAGGCACAAAAUAAUAUCUCUGUCCUGGAAGAUGCAAAUAAAACUGCUAAAGAGGAGAUAUUGUCACUCAAUUUUAAGUUAAAUUCAUGUAUGGAGGAGUUAUCUAGAAAGAAUGGUGGCUUGGAAAACAGAUCUACAGAGCUUAUUGGACUUAUAAAUGAUCUUAUUGUGCUUAUGAAAGAGAACACUCUACUUCCCAAAGUAGAACAGUGCUUUGAGAUGAAGUUUGAGGCUCUCAAGAAUGUGGAUUUAAUUCUGAACAAAAUAAGGGACUAUACUGUUGGCAUGAAUGCUAAGGAUCCUGGAUCACACCAAAAGUUGGAGGAACAUUCCUUCGUGAGAAAAGCAUCCUUUGGUGGCAUUGAGAAUUAUGAUAUUGAAGUGGACAGCAUGAAUGGCACUGACAUUGACAAUAUGAUUUCACAAUUUGGAAACAUCAUGAAGGGGUUUCAGCUGAGAAACAAACUUACUGCAGAUAGGCUUGAUGACUUUUCUGAUUCUAUUGAUGAGUUUAUUUCUCUUCUUCAGACAAAACUACUGGAAACAGAGACUGAUGUAGUGAAUAUCCUUGAGCACUUGGAAACCCUUAAAGAAAAAGUUAAUGCUGGGGAAAGUUUAAAAGCAGAACAGGAAAAUUCUAUUGCUGCUUUGGAGAAUGAUAUUAGAGUCUUGUUGUCUGCAUGCACUGAUUCUUCCUGUGAACUUCAAUCUGUAGUUCAUGAGAACCUUGUGGAACCAGGCCCCCUUUCUGAGAAAAUGAACCUUGAUGCAGAAGUACUAGCCAAGCAUAAUCAGAACAGCAAAUGCACGGAAACAGCACAAAAAUUGAUAUCUGCUACUAGGAAAGCACAUAAUUUGAUGAAGAAUUUUGAAUUUCGAAGUAAGGAAUUAGGCAGAACAGUUGAAGAUUUGCAGAAUCAAUUGAAGGAAACAGGAGCUGCUUCCAAAAAGGUCAUAGAAGAAAGAGACCUUUAUCAAAAGAGAGUUUUGCAACUGGAGUCUGAUAUCCAAGUAUUACAAAAGUCAUGUAGUGAGCUUAGGAAUAACUUAGAGGGUUAUCAGGCCCUAGAGGAAACAUUAAAGGAAAAAGAGGAAGAGAUAUCAUCAUUGUAUAGCGCUUUGUCAACAAAAGAAGAGGCAGAAAACUCCCUUCUCUCAGAAUCUCAGGUUAGAACUCUCUUGGAUAAGAUUGAUAGGAUCAAACUCCCCCUUUUAGAGUCCGCAGAAGAUAUGGAACCCAAUGCUUCAGCUCCUGUAAAGAAGCUCUUUAGCAUCAUUGAUAGUGUUAUUCAGUUGCAUCACCAAAUGAGUUCUUUGUCCGAUGACAAAGAAGAACUUCAAACAACCGUUGCAACUAAGGACCUUGAAAUUAAGCAUCUGGAGGAGGAAGUCAAACAGCUUAACUGUAACUGGGAGGACUUACACAAGGUGAAAAAUGAGUUGUCUGGGUUUUCCUUUGCUUUGGAAAAAAUUCUCAGCAUGUUGGGAGCCAGUGAUUUGGUUGAAGACAGAAAAUCUAGAGGUUUUAAUGAGUUGAUACCAGUAUUGGAAAGGCAGGUUGUGGCCAUUCUUUUAGAAGCUGAAAAUGCAAAGUCAAAAGCCAUGGAACUUGGUGCGAAGUUGGUUGGAAGUCAGAAAGUUAUUGAUGAAUUAACAGCCAAGGUUAGAUUGCUUGAAGGUUCACUUAAUGAUAAGACCUCUCAGACAGAGGUUGUCCAGGAAAGGAGUUUAUAUGAAGCACCCUCAUUACUAGGUGGAUCAGAGAUAUCUGAAGUUGAAGAGGGAUCUCUUGGCAAGAAAGUCAUAUCUCCUGCACCAUCAGCUGCGCUUGUGCGAAAUAUGCGUAAAGGAUCUACUGACCAUCUUGCUCUUGACAUGGAAGGGGAAUCUGAUCGUCUAAUCAGCAGUGUUGAUAUUGAUGAGGAUAAAGGUCAUGCAUUUAAGUCACUGAACACAUCAGGAUUUGUACCUAAGCAAGGAAAGGUCAUUGCAGAUCGUGUUGAUGGAAUCUGGGUUUCUGGUGGUCGGCUUCUCAUGAGUCGUCCCAGGGCAAGAUUAGGACUCAUUGGCUAUUUGCUUCUCUUGCAUAUAUGGCUAUUGGCAACAAUCUUGUAGGAACUUGGGAUCAUCACCUAUCUGAACAGCUCAACGUUGCAUAUCCUGUAUACUAAUAUCUUUUCUUGUUUCCUUUCUCUCUUUUUGCUUCUUAAUGUAGCCCGACAUAUUCUUAUAGGUAUGUAUAGUAACAGUUCAUUUGAUUCUCUGCAAUCACAUUUUAGGGAUACAGAGAAUCUAAUCCUCACAUGUUUGGGGAUAAUUUUCCCCAUAUUCUUUGACCUCCAUCAUCAUAAUUUUAUGAAUCCCCCAAUUUAAUUGCUGA